AUGUCAACUAACCGCCAUGUUUUCGUCGCUGUGAUCGUCGCGCUGUGCAUAACCGGAUGCAAGCAAGAAGCAGCGACUAACACGCAUGAUUUAAACACCAAAGCCGUCGCUGAUCAGAACAGUCGCGGACCGAGCGCGGGACCGCGCUUCAAUUACCCUACGACUCGAACUGUAGACCAUGUCGAUCAAUACGGCACAGAGCAAGUCGCCGACCCGUAUCGAUGGCUGGAAGAACUUGAUGCAGCAGAAACCCGUAGCUGGAUUCGGGCCGAAAACAAAGUCACUUUUGACUACCUGGAUGGUCUGGUUUCGCGCGACAAAAUUAGAACUCGACUAACUGAACUAUGGAAUUACGAGCGCUUCGGUGUGCCGUUUAGGAAAGGCGAUCGCUACUUCUUUCGUAAGAACGAUGGUCUCCAGAACCAGUCAGUCAUUUAUACUUUGAACUCGCUCGAUGCGUCGCCGGUAGCAUUGCUAGACCCGAAUACGCUUUCGGCCGAUGGCACCACAUCGGUAUCGGCUAUGGAGGUGUCUCCUGAUGGAAAACUGAUGGCCUAUAGCGUCUCAGUCGGCGGCUCCGAUUGGCACGACUGGCACGUCCGCGAUAUUCAAUCGGGAAAGGACCUGCAAGACCGCCUUCAGUGGUCGAAAUUUUCUGGCGCAUCUUGGGCCAAAGACAGCUCGGGUUUCUACUACAGCCGUUAUGACGAACCACAGGGAGAGGAUCAACUUAAGGCCGUCAACUAUUUCCAAAAAGUCUAUUUUCAUAAGAUCGGCACUGCGCAGGAAGAGGACCGGUUGGUCUACCAGCGUCCGGAUCAAAAAGAAUGCUUCGGCGCCAAAGUAACCGAAGAUGGUCGCUAUCUCUUGCUUCACGUCUGGAUGGGGACUGACGAGCGCAAUCAGAUCUUCUAUCGAGAUCUCACGAUAGCAAAUUCCGAAUUUGUCGAACUUGUUGAUCGAUUCGAAGCUGCCUACAACUUCAUUGGCAAUCACGGAUCGACGUUUUACUUCAACACCGACCUGGAAGCGCCCCACUACCGAGUUGUUGGCAUUGAUGUGAGCAACAACAGGCAAACAGAAAUCAUUUCCGAAGCAUCUGAAACGAUUGAAAAUGUCUCACUCAUCAACGGCAGUUUCGUUGUGAACUAUCUCAAGGACGCCGCUAGCCAUGUGGUUAUUUACGACAACACCGGUUCAAAACAACGAACGGUGGAGUUACCUGGUAUCGGUUCAGUAAGUGGCUUUGGCGGGGCCGCUGACGACACUGAGACCUUCUUUUCGUUCGCUUCCUUCACCUCGCCGACAACGAUCUAUCGCUACGAUAUGACCAGCGGGGUGAGCGAGCUCUUUCGAGCUCCUCAGGUUGACUUUGACCCGUCUGAUUUCGAGGUCAAACAGGUUCGCUACGCCAGCAAAGAUGGGACUCAGAUCCCGAUGUUUAUCGUGCACAAGAAGGGCCUUGAGCGCGAUGGAAGCAAUCCCACCUGGCUCUACGGCUAUGGUGGAUUCAACAUCUCGAUCACGCCGAAAUUUCGCGUAUCAGAGCUGGCCUGGAUCGAGAUGGGUGGCGUGUUCGCCGUGGCCAAUCUGCGCGGCGGCGGAGAGUAUGGCAAAAACUGGCACCAAGCGGGCACGAAAACGCACAAGCAGAACGUGUUCGAUGAUUUCAUCGCCGCCGCUGAGCACCUAAUUGCACAAAACUACACGCAACCGGCAAAGCUCGCAAUCCACGGCCGGAGCAACGGUGGUCUGUUGGUCGGAGCGACGAUGCUGCAACGCCCUGAUCUGUUUGCCGUGGCCCUACCCCGAGUGGGCGUACUCGAUAUGCUGCGGUUUAAUCAGUUCACCAUCGGCUGGGCGUGGGAAUCGGACUACGGUUCGCCACAAAAUCCCGCCGAGUUCGCCGCCUUACGAGCCUAUUCGCCGCUACACAAUGUUAAACCUGGCGUCCAGUACCCGGCAACACUCAUCACAACAGGCGAUCACGACGACCGGGUGUUUCCAGCCCAUAGCUUCAAAUUUGCGGCGCAAUUGCAAGCGGCUAAUGCAGGUGACAACCCCGUGAUGAUUCGUAUCGAAACCAAAGCCGGCCAUGGUGCCGGAAAGCCAGUUUCGAUGCAGAUCCAGGAAGAGGCCGAUCAACUGGCCUUUGUAGUGGACAAUCUGAAUAUGGAGCACUAA